GGGAGGGAGGGUGGGGGCUGGAUAUGCGCAUUCGGUGGUAUUGCGCGUCCGUGAUCAAUUACCCGCAAGCGAGAAGAAGUAAAGGUACCGAGGCGAAGGGGAGCGAAGACCAAAGCGGGCGCGGAUAAAAGCGGAUCCUCUGUGAUAUGAAGGGGGGUUGCAGCGAAGACAGCAAGGAAAAUGAAGAGCACGGAGCGAAUGCUCACUGUGGGAAACUGCUGUAGGUGAAACGGAAAAAAAAAUGACCGAAGAAACACACCCAGACGAUGACACCUACAUUGUGCGCGUCAAAGGGGUGGUAAUGACCCGAGACGACUCUAGUGGUGGUUGGCUGGCCCAGGAGGGCGGCGGCCUCAGCCGGGUGGGGGUCUACAAGGUGCUGCCUGCUGAGCUGCCCGGCCAGAGUGACUUCCUCAUCCGAGGAGAGCGGCUGAAAGACAAGCAGGUGAUCCUGGAAUGCAUUCUGAAGAAAGACCUCGUCUACAUCAAGGCCACGCCCACAUUUCACCACUGGAAGGUGAACAACAGGAAAUUCGGCCUGACAUUCCAGAGCCCAGCCGACGCCCGGGCCUUUGACCGGGGAGUGCGGAAAGCCAUGGAGGACUUGGCAGAUGGAUCCACUACUUCCUCUUCCACGCUCCAUAAUGAAGCAGACCUGGGCGACGACGAUGUUUUCACGAAUGCCACGGACAGCUCGUCCAACUCGUCCCAGCGCAAGGAGAGCUACACGCAGCCACUGACGACGUCCUACAGCUGCGAGCCGAGCCGGCACCACUGCCUCCUGGGCCACCUGCACGAGCAGCACCGUCCCUCGGACCACUACUUCCCCGAUCAGCCCCUCCCGAGGUUCCCCCGGCGCGUCUGGAUCCGGGACGACGACGACGAGGAAAUCGUUCGCAUCAACCCGCGGGAGCGCCGCUGGCUGGCGACGGGGUACGAGGACUACCGGCACACGGCCAUCCCGCGGGACCGGCCCGGCCGAGCUGACGACGGCGGCGACGCCUAUGUGCACUUCGACAAGGCCGACAGCCACAAGCACGACUACAGCUACCCCUAUGCCCCCGGGCCAGGCCGCAAGGGCGACGGGCACACUGUGGUGGUGGGCACCCAGCCGUGCGCCAAGGCCGACGGCGAGCUGCUGCGCUGCGUGUACUGCCGCGAGGCCUUCGAGCGCGGGGAGAACCGGCGCGGACACUGCCCAGACGCCCCGGACCCCGUGCGGGCCUGCAUCCGCCGGGCCAGCUGCCUGUGGUGCGCUGACAGUCUGCUGUACCACUGCCUGUCAGACCCCGAGGGUGACUAUUCGGACCCGUGCUCCUGCGAGCCUGGCGACGAGCGCUUCUGCCUGCGCUGGAUGGCGCUGGCCGGCCUCUCGCUACUGGUGCCCUGCAUGUGCUGUUAUGCGCCGCUACGGGCUUGUCAUCGAGCCGCCGUCGCAUGUCACUGCUGCGGCGGGAAGCACAAGGCCGUCAGGUGAGCCGGCCAUGGCGGGGGGGCGGCCCUCUGACUUUGACAGACAGACCUCCAGUGGGGGUUGAGUGGCUUGAAAUUUAUUAUUAUUAUUCUUAUUAUUUUAUUAUUAUUAUUGUUUAUUUUUAAUUAUUAUUUUUUUUUACACUUAUCUUUGGGUCCCACACGGCCUCUCCAGCCUCGGGUGCGUGCAGUCACGCUUUACACGGGUGUAUCUGGUCGCUGUCCACAUGCAGAGUCUGGGAAUCCCCGCGGUUCUAGCCGACGUCCUGGUUUUCAUCCCUGUUCCUGUUUUCAAGGCCCCCCCCCACCCCCGUUUGCCAAAGGAAGAUUAAGCUGGAUCCGUCUUGCCAACAAAGGCACUUAAGUCAACUGGCAAAUUCUUCUCUGCUCUUUAUUCCACCAGAGACGCUAAACCUGCCAGGGUGUGUGUGUGUGUGUGUGUGUGUGUGUGUGUGUGUGUGUGUGUGUGUGUGUGUGUGUGUGUGUGUGUGUGUGUUGGACGUGUCCUUAUGUGUGUGUGCUUGCACACCAGCCCAUAAGUGUGUCACCACGGCCUGCAGAAGGUGUGGAAAAGAGACGUCAACAGCAUGGGAGUGUUACCACGGUACCAACACUAAGUGACCGCGGCUAGUGCUGCAUGAGCUCGUAAAAGAAAGAUUUUUUUUUUUGUGGUGAGGUUUGCGUUUUGAUGUUUCGUAUCCAAAGAUUUACUUUUUAUUUAUUUUCCAACUCUGUUGAAUCACCAACCAAAGGGAUGUGGGGUGAUAGGAGGGGGGUGGGGGGAGGUUUAUGAAAAAGCACAGCCCUGGGUCUCAUCUAUGAUCUGGACGCAGGUGGCUUCUUCGCUUUGCCAACUCCAGAGUUGAAGGUGCUCUGUGUUUUUAUCACGCAUUUGCGUCUGAGUUGUGGAUGAUGGGUGAAGAUGCUGCAAAACUCCGUUUCAUCGUUAUGACGUGACGCCACCAAACCAAACCUCUGAAAAACUGCUGUGCGAGAUAAUUAUACAAACGGAAUUAUGUUUUUUACGUAUUACGGAUUAUGGAAAUUACGAAAGUAGUAUUGGGUCUGCAGCUGACAACCAGUUUGCCAAAUGACUCGCCUGUUUCAAUCCUUAUUUUCAGUCCUUCGUUUAAAAAAUGGGAAGCUGUGAUUGGCAGCCAUAAGCCUUACCGAGUGUCCUAAGGAAUGGCUCCUUCAGUGGCCCCUAGGAGACACUGUGCGUUCUGAGCUCGGAAUAUAGGAGAGAUGAUGUAUUUUUAUAAUGUACCAGUGUGACCGUCGGUUGGUAAUAACUUUCAACCCAGAAGCGAGAGAACACAAAAAAACAAAAGCAAUUACAAUUAAAAGCAUCGCACAAUCAUUUGGGGCAGCAAGGACAGCACUAGCUGUUUGCUAAACCCCGCCCACAGAAUGCUGCAGCAGUUUGGCUCGGGCCGUUUGCACGACGUCACCGGCCAUUCGGCGACGAGGAUUGGCCAGCGUCGGCCGAGGUGGACCAGUCAGAGAGCAGAGCCGGCUUGCAGUGCCGCAGAUCUGAACGCAAACCAGCCUCGAAAUCGGUGUCGUCCAAGGAACCGUAUCGGUGAGACGGACCAACCAGAAACACGGUGGGACUGAAAUUUGUGCUGGAAGACGGGUCCCACGCAGCCGGUCGGGUUUGGCGGCCCUCACACCCAGACGUGCGCUCAUACACACGCCGCACCGAGGUAGCUUCGCCCGUUGUUUCGACAUAAACCGAAGUUUUAUUUUUCUAUCUGUGGUAAGGAGCAUCGAGCCAGAAGCCUUCCGUCCGUUUUGUACAGUUUAGCUACCGCGUUACGCGUAACUAUCAAAGUGCCUGAGCACAAAAAUCCCCAACGAAAUAAAUCCUGUUUUUUAAUUAGUUUUGUUUUUUUACAAUCAGCAUUUUUACCUCUGUAAAAAAGGCAAAAAAUUAUAUAUUACAAGUGUAUGAUGUACAUUUUAGUUAUUUUUUUUUUUUUAUUGUUUCUUAUAUGUAUGAAUAAUGUAGCUCUUGCUUGGACAGAUAAAAGGACUGUGUAAAUAAUACCGAUAUGUUAUUGUUGUAAAGGGCGGGGGGGGCAUGUCCUUCCCCAGGAAGUGUCGCUUCAUGUUCUUCAUUUUCCAGCAGCAAACAGGCUCCAAGUAAAAAGGAGAUAAAUCCACUGUGUGUCUCCUCCUUGACUCGCGGUACAUUGCCCCCCACCACAAUGAUCACCACACAAUAUAAAAAAAAUUUGACAGAAA